AGGGCGCUUCCGAGCCGCGCGCUAAACUCCUCGCUGGAGCCAGCCAGCGCUCCCGAGCCCCAGCCUCUCCGCCCGCAGCCCCGAGCGGGCACCGGGGCAGGCGCUCUGGGACCAGGCAAGCGGUGCGCGCUGAGCAGCAUCUCCGGAGGGGGCGGGGAGGGUGACUGACUCCGUGUCCGCGCUCUGCCCUACCCCGGCGGCGCGGCCCGGGCUGCCUGCAGGGCACCGCUCGCUGCGGCUGCCAGCCCUCGGGCCGGGGCGCUCAGCCUCGUCUCCCCCGCACGGACUGGCUGGGCGGGGCAGAGGCAGCCCGGGGACUUACCUGGAACUUUGGCUGCCUCCCUUCGGGGCCGUCUCCAGCCCUGACAACCGGCAGCGAGCGAGGGAGCGACCCCCCCUCCACUGCCCCCACCAGUUCCUCCGAGGCUGGUCGGGGGGCAGCGAGAGCCGCCCGCAGCUCGGCCGCGCACCUGGGCGUGCCUGCUCCGCUGCCCCUCCGGCUGCCUGCGCUCGGCCGCCGACGGACCGCGGUGCGCUUCUCUCCCUUCUCCUGCAGGUGGCUGGCGGCCUCGCCUCGGGUGGGAGGAUGUGGUGAGGAUGGGGCGUUCUGCCGCCGGCGGCUCACCAUGGCCAGGGAGGACUCGGUGAAGUGCCUGCGCUGCCUGCUCUACGCCCUCAAUCUGCUCUUCUGGUUGAUGUCCAUCAGUGUGUUGGGUGUUUCUGCUUGGAUGAGGGACUACCUGAAUAAUGUCCUCACUUUAACUGCAGAAACAAGAGUGGAGGAGGCUGUCAUUUUGACUUAUUUUCCUGUGGUCCAUCCAGUCAUGAUUGCAGUCUGCUGUUUCCUUAUCAUUGUGGGGAUGUUGGGGUACUGUGGAACAGUGAAAAGAAGCCUCUUGCUUCUUGUAUGGUAUUUUGGAAGUUUGCUUGUGAUAUUCUGUGUUGAACUGGCCUGCGGUGUUUGGACCUACGAGCAGGAAAUUAUGAUCCCAGUACAAUGGUCAGAUAUGGUCACUUUAAAAGCCAGGAUGACCAACUAUGGCUUACCUAGGUACCAGUGGCUUACUCAUGCUUGGAAUUUCUUUCAGAGGGAGUUUAAGUGCUGUGGAGUGGUGUACUUCACUGAUUGGCUGGAAAUGACAGAGAUGGACUGGCCUCCUGACUCCUGUUGUGUUAGAGAGUUCCCGGGAUGCUCCAAGCAGGCACAUCACGAGGACCUUAGUGAUCUUUAUCAAGAGGGUUGUGGUAAAAAAAUGUACACUUUCUUGAGAGGAACGAAACAAUUGCAAGUGCUGCGAUUUCUAGGAAUCUCUAUCGGAGUUACACAGAUUCUGGCUAUGAUCCUCACUAUUACUUUGCUGUGGGCUCUAUAUUAUGACAGAAGGGAUCCUGGGACAGAUCAAAUGAUGUCCUUGAAGAAUGACACCUCACAACACCUGUCAUGUCAUUCAGUAGAGCUGCUGAAACCCAGCCUGACAAGGAUCUUUGAACAUACCUCCAUGGCAAACAGCUUUAACACACACUUUGAAAUGGAGGAAUUGUAGGUGAUACAAAUGAAUGUGUGAAGUCACAAAGUUAUGGGGCUCUUGUUUUGUUUUUCCCCUGUUCUGUCUCCUGCAUUUUUAAGUAUACCAUUCAGUUUCAGAAAAUGGCUAAUGAACAGAAAUAGAGAUACCUCCAUGGAAGGACAGUUGAUCAAAGAUCUGUCUCCUAGCUUCCUAGAGCUAUGAAACAAUUGUUUUGCAUAGAAAGCACCAUUUACUGGAUGCAGUGAUAUUUAUCCAUAAGAUGUACAGCAUAUAAGACACUGAUAUCUACACAAGUAUAUAGACACUACUAAAGACACUUUAAAAAAAGAAAGCAUCAUAGAAAGUAGAAAGAUAACUGUCUUCCAUAGAAAUGCCUAUAUUUGAGAGGCAAACAAAAUGGACUUUUGAACACAUUUCUACUAAACCAUUGGGAAAAUGUUCAGGGAUAUAUGUGGAUAUAAAUAUAUGGUUCUUUGUGUGUGUGUAUAUAUAGUAGAGCUACAAUUCAAGGAAAUGCUUGGGUUUAAAAAUUGCAACAUAUGUAAAAAGAGUAAAAUUUUCUCUUCUUUUUUUAACAGCACCUUUAUUUUAGCUGUUUCAUUUAAAGAUAAUCUAAAAACCUCUAUUUUUAUCCUAAGAUGAUUGUUUAAUUUUUAAAUUAAAACACAUUAAACAGAGGUUUUAAAAACCAUGAAUAUGAUCAUUAUACUUUAUUAUUCUAAAUGUGACCUAAUUUGUAGAUAGUGUUUUUCAAAACAGUAUGUUCUUUGGACUGGAUUUAUUUAGUAAAAAUAAAACAUAUUUUCUUUCCAAACUAGGGGUCAAUAUGAGAGUAGCAAAUCUUUAUAGAUGGACCCCUCUUUCUCCUACUCCUUCUUUCUCCCCUCCAGAUAAAAAUGAAAGACUAUAAGGAAAACAAUGAUCUACUGGUUUAUUGUUCUGGAUGCAAUUGCAAUAAAUGUAAUGUAAGAGUAAAGGAGAAAUUUCACUCUAGCCUUUUCUUCAUUGAAAGUUCUCUGUUGACUCAAAUUGCCAAAUGGCAACAGAGUUACAAUCUAUUUAUUGAGGUGGGAAAAGUGCAUUUUACUGUAUUUUUAUGUAAAUGUUUAUUUCAUAGGAUUAUUUUUUACAGUCAGACAAGCUCUUGAAAAAUGUGUUUAUUCCAAUAGCAGUGCUUUGUGACAAGUGGGGUUUUUACACAGUAUUGAAAUUUUAAAGUUUUUUCUACUUGUUUUGGAACGGUGUAGAAAAACAAUAAGGUGCCCUAUGGCAGCUAAUAAAAUCACUACU